CACUAAAUUAGAUCGGAGAACACAACUUGCUUGUUAAAUUUCAGGGUGAAUAUUAUAGGUGGUAACUAUGGACAAGGCACGAUUUGGGCUUUUCUUCAUGUUGCUUAUUCUCCUUGCAUCUCAGAUGGUGGUACAAACCGAGGGAAGGCGACACUGUCAGUCACAGAGCCAUCGUUUCAAAGGGUUGUGCUUCAGCCAUCACAAUUGUGCCUCGGUUUGCACUGUUGAAGGUUUCACUGGUGGAAAGUGCAGGGGAUUCCGUAAACGCUGUUUCUGCACCAAGCAUUGUUAAUUGCUGCGUGCAUGCAACUUUUUCUCUGGCUAUUAACUACCAAUUCCAAUUCUGUUUCUCGGAUUGGGAAAUAAAUAAGUGCCAUGUUCUGCUGCUUUCAUGAUGUAUUUGCA